AUGUCAAACUUGACAGCCGCACAGACCCACAAAACGACAUGGCGUCAUUCCUCCCCAACGCAGCCAGCACCAGCCAUCGAGAAGCACCAACCAGCCAUCACGACGACGACGACCAUGGCCAGCACCACCGCGCACGCGUCUGUGCCUGGGUUCUACCCGAGCAAGCCGCGCUAUGACCAGACCACGUUCGCGGGCCGGUUCAAGCACUUUAUGGACAUCGCUGAUCCGCGAUGCCUCGCACCGGGGCUGUUCUUUGGCAUGCCACUGAACAAGAGCCGCGAGCUGAUGCAGCAGUACAAGGCCAACAGGCUGCCGACCGGCGUCAACGCAGACACCAUGUGGCUGGCCAAGAAGGUCCACGACUCCGCCAUCCACCCAGACACGGGCGAGGUGAUUCUGCAGCCCUUCCGCAUGUCCGGAUUUGCCGUCUACGGCACACCCAUCGUCGUGGCCAUGCUGCUGCCAAACCCGACGUUGGCCAGGACCAUCAUCUUCCAGGCCCUCAACCAGACCCACAACGCCUGCGUCAACUACAGCAACAGAAACGCCAGCCAGCCCACAAAGGUGUCCGAUCUCGUGACGGGGUAUCUUGGCGCCGUCGCCUCCAGCGUCAGCAUCGCCGUCGGCCUCAACCAGGCCGUGGCUCGCGCCAACAUCUCCGCCUCUGCCCGCACCGUGCUCUCCCGCUUCGUGCCGUACCCGGCCGUCGCAACGGCGUCCACGUGCAACAUGCUGCUCAUGCGGCGCUCCGAGCUCAAGACAGGCAUCACCGUCAAGGAUCACGAGGGCAACGUGCGCGGCGUGUCCAAGGAGGCGGCCAAGAGCGCCAUCUUCCAGACCAUGCUCACGCGCAUCGUGCUCCCUGCCCCGCUCCUCGUCAUCCCGCCCGCCCUGAUGAUGGUCGUGCAGAAGACGCCGCUGCUCAAGCGCUUCCCGCGCCUGGCCAUUCCCGUGGAAAGCCUCAUUUGCGUGUCCGCGUUUGUCUUCGGCCUGCCGUUUGCCAUCAGCCUCUUCCCGCAGGAAGGGUCCAUCGACGCAGCCAGCGCCGAGGCAGACUUCCACAACCUGCGUGACAGCGAGGGCAGGCAGGUCACCACCCUCUACUACAACAAGGGCCUCUGA